GGAGCUUUAAUAUCUUUCUGAAGUGGAGUUGGUGUGGUGAUCUGCGAGUGUGAACUCAGGAUGAAGAUCCUCCUCAUCUUCACCCUCUGUCUGAUCUCAGAUGGAGGAGCCUCCAAGAAAGUAACAGGAUAUUCAGGAGGAGGAGUCCUUAUCAAGUGCAAGUAUGAUACAGAAUACACAGAAAACCCAAAAUAUUUCUGUAAGGGUUCCUCUCCAGGCUGUUCUGACCAAAUAAAGACAGGAGAUAAAAACAAGUGGGUAAAUUCAGGAAGAUUCUCACUGUUUGAUGACACCAAAUCAGCAGAGUUCAGGGUGAUGAUCAGAGAGCUCACUGUACAGGACACUGGGACGUACCACUGUGGAGUUGAUAGACGUGCAGCGACAGACAUUUAUACAUCGGUGAAACUGAAGGUCAAGGAAGGGGACUUGCUCUCUAGAGAAGUGAGAGCAUAUGCAGGGGGAGGAAUCAACAUCAAGUGCAGAUAUGAGGAUGAAUAUAAACACAAACUAAAAUCUUUCUGUAAGAUCGAAGCUGAUCAGUGGUGUUUGAAUCGAAUAACAACAAAACUAAACAGUGAAUGGUCACAUGAUGGCAGAUUCUCAAUUCAUGACAACAGAAGUGCAGGAUUCUUCAGUGUGUUUAUCAAAGAGCUGAUUACAGAGGACACUGGAACAUAUUCAUGUGCUGUUGUUGUGUCUGAUGAAAUAGAGACCUACACUGUAGUGAAGCUGAAUGUAAGGGAAGAUCUGUCCUAUGAGAAGUCCAUCAGUGAGACUGUUCAUGUCGGACGAGAUUUGAACGUCAGCUGUAAAUACCCAGAAUCCCUCAGGAGUGACCCCAAGUUUCUCUGCAAGAUGAGGCUGCAACAACCUGCUUGUUUUUAUAAUGGAUCUGUUAAAGAAAGUAGAAAGUAUGUAAAUGAGGGGAAAUUCUCCCUGUAUGAUGACAGAGCAAAACAAAUCUUCACUGUCAGUAUUAGAAAUGUGACUGAGCAGGACUCUGGUGAAUACUGGUGUGGAGCUGAAGGAGCCUGGACAUCUGAUCAUGGAUACAAGGUUUAUUUCACACAGAUUAACCUGAGAGUGACUGAGCCAUGUGUCCCAGUUUCAACCUCAAUACCAGCACAACCUUCUUCUUCAUCAUCAUCAUCUGAGCUCACAUCAUCUUCUCCUCCAACAAGAUUUCCAGCUUCCACUGUGAUCCCUGUGUGUGUAAUUCUGCUGCUGUUUCUGUUUGGAAUCAUAUUCCUCAUUGCGAUUCUGUCAAAGAGACGCAGGAUGCAAGCAGGAACAGCUGCUGUUGGUCGAUGUUCUGUCCAAGGCUCACAAAUUGACCAACAGGUUUAUGAGGAUGUUUACGACACCAGACCCCUUUCUGCCUCAGACGCUGGAACUUCCAAUUGUUUCUUAAGUAUUCAACUACCCGCAAUCUCCUCUCAUCCUUCUGAAAGUGUUUAUGACAACAUAAUUUAGUUGAGUAGUUUAUUCAUCAUCGACUACCCACAAUCCCUCCUGAUCAGGACAUCUACUCCACAGCUCAGUUACCCAUUAUUAUUCAUCAUUAUUCCAUCCAUCCUUUCAUCCCGGUCAGUAUUUUUCAUCUUCUGUAACUGCCUCCUGCUCAGGUUUGCAGUAGAUCCAGAGCUGAUCUCAGCAGCACUGGGCAUGAGCCAAGAAUACAACCUCAGAGGAACACCAGUUCAUCAUAGUGUCUGGAAUUUUCUAUCAUUUUACAAUAAGUUCAAAUUGUUGAUUAAAAAAAAAAAUACGAUCACUGUUUGUGACUAUAUUCAUCUUUGUAUUUUAUCCAUUUUGAAUAGCUAUAUGUGUGUGUUGUAUGUAUGGAGUGCUGUAUGCCUUGUAUGUGUGGACUAUGGCAUGUUUUGCAAGAAAUGCAGUAUGUAUUUUAUGUAUGGAGAAUGUAUUAUGCUGAAUAUGAGUAUGAUUUAUAGUGGGAUCUUUACAGAUCAUGAGUGCUAGAAGAAAGAGACAAGUUGACACAUUCAUCUGAGCCUAUUUUAAACCUGAAGUCUCAAUAUCAGCUUGACUCAUUCAAUUCACUUCUUAAUUUUAACAUGAUUGCCGCCAUCUUGCUUUCUCUGAUCGUGACUACACUCAUUAUUACUGCUCUGCACACUGCUAUCAGCCAUCCUCAUGCUCUCUUUCACAGUAAAGACACUGAUUCAGUCAUGGAUUCUUUAUCAGUUGAAGGAGCACAGUGUAUUUAGAAUGAUUUUGAAUAUUUUUUUAUGUCGCGUUAAUUAAGCACUGUUCAGUUUUUGUUAUUUGCAGGA